UUGGGAGUUCCACAAACGGGAAAAAGCAUGGCCAAUACACCCCCGGACACGCCGCCGUCGAGCCCCGUGGCCGCGCCUGCCGCCUACGACGGCGUCGCGACGCCGCCAUCGAGCCCUCUGGUCGCACCGAGACCUCCCAUGGGCGCGACCCCGCCGUCCAGCCCGGUACCGAGACCUACGCGGAGCGUCGUCGCCACCCCGCCAUCGAGCCCCGUGGCUGCGCCGCGACCUGCCGCUGUCGAUACGCCGCCAUCGAGCCCCGUUGCCGCGCAACGGCCUCUCAUCGGCUCGGUGGAUACGCCGCCAUCAAGUCCCGUGGCGGCGCGCCCGCGCGUCCGGGCAGUCGACACACCGCCGUCGAGCCCCAUGUCGCCGCUCGUCGACUCGCAGCAAGACUACGCCUCGCGCUUUCCGCCAGCGCGACAACCGCCGAUGACACCGCCGUCACCGUCAUCUUUUUCGCAGCCGUCGGUCUCGGUCUCGGCUACCGCCGAGUUUCGCCACCAGUACCACUCGGGCGACUUUAGUGCGUCCGUCGACGCGACACCAAUGCCACGAUACCUUGGACGGUACGCGGACGGCGACAUUAGCACGAGCCUCUCGGCGCGCCACUUGCCUCGCGGCGACCUCGGGCGGUCGGAAUUUCGCAUCCAGGAGCUGCCAGGUGCGGUGCGCGCCGCCGGUGCACCCUCGUCGCCAGGCGGUCCCGGCGAUAGCCCACCAUCUUCACCCAUCUCGGUCGAUCCAUCCAACCGCCAUGGGCUUCCUCAGGCGCCGUUAUCGCCGAGCUCAGCCAGCGCCAGCGUGCAGCAUGCCGGGCCUGCAGCCGCGGUUCCGCUCGCCGAGCAAACGUACUCGAAUGCGGUCGUGUGGGGCACAAAUGUGAGUGUCGCCGAGUCCAUGGGCGUCUUCCGGGCGUUCUUGCACGAGUUCAACCCGCCGGGGCACGCCGACCUCGGCGGCGAGAGCUACUACAUGAAGGUGCUUCACCAGAUCCAGCUCACGCAGCAAGGCGUCUUCAACCUCGACGGCAACCACCUUCUCGAGUGCAGCGCCGCGACGCGCAAGCUGUACAUGCAGCUCGUGCACUUUCCGCAAGUGCUGAUCCGCAUUUUGGACAUGGUCAUUGUCGACGAGUUCAAACUUCUGUACCCGGACGACGUCGACCUCAUUCGCAUUCAAGUGCGGCCGUUCAACCUCAAGGACAAGCAAGCGAUGCGGAAUCUCAAUCCUGCCGACAUUGACCAGCUCGUGAGCCUCAAAGGCAUGGUCACGCGCUGCUCGUCCGUGAUCCCAGACCUCAAAAUGGCGUUCUUCCGCUGUACCAUGUGUCACUCGACCGUCGAAGUCGAGCUGGACCGCGGUCGCAUCGACGAGCCAACGUUGUGCGAUCAUUGCCACACGCGCGGGUCGAUGGAGAUCAUGCACAAUCGGUGCGCGUUUACCGACAAGCAGCUCGUGAAAAUGCAAGAGACGCCGGACGCGAUUCCUGAAGGCGAGACCCCGUACACGGUGAUGCUGUUUGCGUUUGACGACCUGGUCGACGACGUCCGACCGGGCGACAAGAUUGAGGUCACGGGUAUCUACCGCGCCGUGCCGAUGCGAGCGACCAUCAAGCAGCGUGUCGUCAAGUCGGUCUUCAAGACGUACAUUGACGUGGUGCAUUUUCGCCGGACGGACGAGCUCAUGGGCGCGUCCGGCGGCCUCGACGACGGCAACGCAGUCGACGCCGUCCAACAAGCCAAGAUCGACGAGUACCACCGGAUCGCGUCCGACCCGCUCGUAUACGAGAACCUCGCGCACUCGCUCGCGCCGUCGAUCUGGGAGCUCGACGACGUCAAGAAGGGCGUGCUCUGCCAGCUUUUCGGGGGCACGCGCAAGGCGGCGGCAGUGAUUGGCAAGAAGCACACGCGGUCGGACCUCAACGUCCUGCUCUGCGGCGACCCGGGGACGUCCAAGUCGCAGCUAUUGUCAUACGUACACAAGCUCGCCCCCCGCGGCAUCUACACGAGCGGCAAAGGCAGUUCGGCCGUGGGCUUGACGGCGUCAGUGAUUCGAGACAUGGAGACGGGGGAUCUGGUGCUCGAAUCUGGCGCGCUCGUCUUGUCGGACGAAGGCAUUUGCUGCAUUGAUGAGUUUGACAAGAUGUCGGACAACGCGCGCAGCGUCUUGCACGAGGUCAUGGAGCAGCAGACCGUGUCGAUCGCCAAGGCCGGCAUCAUUUGCUCGCUGAACGCGCGCUCGUCGAUCUUGGCGUCGGCCAACCCGAUCGAGUCGCGCUACAACCCCAACAAGAGCGUGAUUGAAAACAUCAACAUUCUCCCGACCUUGCUCUCUCGCUUUGACUUGAUUUACUUGAUUCUGGACCGACCGAAUGCCGAGGCCGACCGGCAGCUCGCACGCCACAUCGUCUCGCUCUACUACGACUCGUACUCGAUCCAUACAGCGCGCGGCCACAUGAAGGCGUCCGAAGUCAUCUCCAUGUCGGUCCUCUCCGACUACAUUGCGUAUGCAAAAGACCAUGUGCGACCCGAAUUGAGUCAAGCAGCGGCGAAGGACCUUGUCGCGGCCUACCUGGAGCUCCGGCGCAUGGGGAGCAACCGCAAGAACAUCACGGCGACGCCGCGCCAGCUCGAGUCGCUCAUCCGCAUUGCCGAGGCUCUCGCCAAGAUGCGCCUCGCCGAGACCGUCACGUCGCGCGAUGUGUCAGAGGCGCUGCGCCUCAUGAACGUGGCGACGCAAAAGGCGGCGAUGGACCCGCGCACGGGCACGAUCGACAUGGACAUGAUCACGACGGGGUAUGCGACGGUCGACCGCGAGGCGCUGAGUGCGCUUGUCGACGACGUCAAGCGGCUCUUGACCGAGCACGGCGGCGGCUCGAUCAACACCGGGGAGCUCAAGAAGCAGCUCGACAGUCUCCGCGGGUCGGAGACCAAGCACACGGAGUUCCAGACGGCGCUGCGAACGCUCGAAGAAGAAAACCUCGUGCAAGUGUCGCAUGGCUCGGUGCGGUACUUUGGCGCGCGCGAUUAAUACGGCGCGCUUCUGGCCGUCAUAACUAUAUACCUGUAUCUAUGUUAUGUAUGUUAUGGUGUUACGACGACAA